AUGGAUCAAGAAUCCCAGCGCGGAAGGUCGCUGUCGGCCAGUCAAUUUCAGCAGCCUGAUAUAAACCAAUCCCACUCGCCGACUCGGAGUCCGUUCGCACCCACAAGCGAUCAGCCUUCCGUCGGUCUUGGACUUGGUAUCGGCGUCGGCCUGGAUCCAUCACAGCAACAACAGCGACAGCAACAACAACAACAACAGCAGCCGCAGCAGCAGCAGCACCGAGCAUUCACGGCAUCUCUUCAUCCAAACUUUGACGCAAGCUUCGGACAGCAGCCGCAAGCUACCGGUGCCGACCCCACCCCGUCUUUGAACGCCCAGGCGCAACAUAAUUAUAUUUCUCCCAACCUUCCCGACGGCGAUUUUUCUCUCUUCCCUUCGGGCGCUGAGCAAGGAGAUCAUUAUAACGCUCCUCUCUUUGAACAACCGGCACUUGGCGAUAUCAAUGCCAUGACCUCCCCGCAUUCGCAUCAGUCUCCAACCCCUCCACGGCUCUUCCAGCCAGAUAGUCUUCAGUCGCCUCCCUUCAGCCAACAUCAGUUCUCGUCGCCGCCAUCGACUCACUCGAGGAACGCUUCCUUAGGACCCGAAGCCGCGCUCCUCCCGAGUCAGAUUGGCGACUGGACUCAACCUCAGUUCCAAGGUCAUCGACGAACGCCUUCGGAGUUCUCCGACGUUUCUUCCGUCGCUCCUUCGCCACAUCUCAUCAGCUCCGACACAUUUGACGCUGACCCAUCAGGCCAUUCGCCUCUUCAACGGCCCGCAGACGCCAGUCUCUACCAGGAGGUGCUUGGUAUUGGAGCAUUCAGCCUAGCUGACCACGGCAGUCCUGGCUAUCAUGGUCGAAGCCCUUCUCAUAGCCCUGCAAUCAGUCCUCGCCUAAUGCCUCAACAAAUGCCGGAAACCAUCCAGCCCUCGUUUAAUCUGAUUCCACCGAAUGCCACGUAUGAGGGGACUUCUGGAUAUCCUGAUUUGCAACCGAAUCAUGAGACUUUCCCAUCGCUGCAAGGUGGCAUGGGUACUGGCGACAUGCACCAAAUGGCGCCGCCAGCAAUCAAUAUCGAUUUUGCACCGACCAAUUCAAGACCACUUGGCUUUGAGCCGCCCAAGUCGCAAAUGGAUCAAGAUUCUCUCACUCCUCCAGAACGAGGCCGUCCGAAAUCUCGACCACGCGCGGUUACUGACCCGUUCCACCCAGGAAUGCUGCCUCCUAACAAUCUAGGGCCGUCUCUCGGUGUUGAUCUUACGGCCCGUUCAGAUGCGUCUCGAUCUUUAUCUCCUCUCGAUAGGGGGUCAGUGGGAUCAUCAGCCUCUAGACGACGGCAGUCGACGUCCUCGGUGCCAAACAACGUAAUCGCUUUGCGUCUAGCUGACCCGGAGUAUCAAAAUAGCCAGGAAGCAGGAUCCAACAAGCGCACGCAGAAGCACCCGGCUACAUUUCAGUGCAAUUUGUGUCCCAAACGAUUCACGCGCGCCUAUAAUCUUCGAUCCCACUUGCGCACUCACACUGACGAGCGACCGUUUGUCUGUACAGUCUGUGGCAAGGCCUUUGCUCGACAACACGACAGAAAAAGACAUGAAAGCUUGCAUUCUGGAGAGAAAAAGUUUGUUUGCAAGGGGGACUUGAAAACUGGUGGCCAGUGGGGCUGUGGCCGGCGAUUUGCCCGAGCCGACGCUUUGGGAAGACACUUUCGAUCUGAAGCUGGCAGAAUCUGCAUCAAACCACUACUGGACGAAGAAAUGAUAGAAAGGCAGCGCCAGUGGCAGGAAGAGCGGAUGCAGCAGAAUAUGGCACAGAAUAUGGCUGGUCAGCAAGUCAUGAUGGACACUGGCCCAGCUUAUCCCAUGGAUGCCAGUGGGAACUAUACCCUCCCACAGGCCCUGUUGGCCCAGUAUCCAGCACUGGCGCAGAUGAAUUGGUCAACGACAGACAUGGGAGGCGGACUGGAUGAUGAGUUGAGUGGCAGAUCAUCGUUUGAUGCCAGCGACUACGACGAUGGUGACGACGGUGGCUAUAUUAGUAGCUCUGGAAGAUACCCAGAGGAAGGCAUGAAUCAAAAUUAUGCCGAGAUGAGCUAUACCAGUGAUUAUGGG